AGUAAUACAAUUAAUAAUCAAUUAGCAAACAACUUAUCAAUAUUUUCGGCUUCGAUUUAAUUGAACGAUUUUUAUCAAUCGUAAUUUAUGUCAGAGCUUAGGCAUUGUUUUAAUUUCAAGACGAACGAAACAGAUGCAUAUAAAUAUCGUCUCAAACACAUCCACAUUCUACAGUUCAACUUUUAAUUUCAAUCAAACAAAGAGAAAACAAAUUUUCUAAAUCAAUAUGGAUGGAAUCUGGAAUUCGAGACGUAGUCCGAUCUACGCAAAAAAUGGUAUUGUGGCAUGCAGUCAGCCCUUAGCUGCCGAAGCUGGUCUUGAAAUCUUGAAGCGGGGAGGCAAUGCAGCAGACGCUGCGGUUGCUGUUGCAGCUGCAUUAAAUGUGACGCAACCUACUUCUACUGGACUGGGUGGAGAUGCAUUCGCAUUGUAUUACGACGCAACUACAAAAAAAGUACGAGGCAUUAAUGGAAGUGGCCGAUGUCCGUCGAAUCUUUCUAUUGAAACGUUUGAGAACCUUGGGUACAACGAACAGAAUAGACCGUCUACCCGAUCGCCACUUUUCAUAACUGUUCCUGGUGCUGCAGCUGCCUGGGUAGACACUGUAGAGCAGUUUGGAAGUGGAAAUCUUACUCUCAGCGAAAUUCUUGCUCCAGCAACAAUAAUGGCAGAGGAGGGUUUUCCUGUAGCCCAAGUGUGCGCUUAUUAUUGGGGAGGCAGUGAAAGUCUUCUACAAAACGCAACCAACGGAACGGAAAUGUUGUUAAAUGGAGUAGCACCAAAAGAAGGUGAAAUUAUGAAAAUGCCAUUUUUGGCUGAAACUUUCCGAGAAUUGGGCGCAAACAACAAAACCGGAUUCUACCAGGGACGCAUUGCUCAAGCUAUUGUCGAUGUUAUAAACGAAAAUGGUGGAGUCAUGAACAUGGCCGACUUAGAAACCCAUGUCAGCACUCAAGAUGAACCUGUUCAUGUAAACUAUAGAGGUGUUGAUGUCUAUGAAAUGCCACCAAAUGGACAAGGAAUAACCGCACUGCUGGCUCUAAAUAUUUUGGAAGGAUUUAAUCUCCAAGGAUUGCAACACAAUUCCCCGGAUCACUUACAUAUAGUAAUUGAAAGUCUUCGAUUAGCUUUCGCUGAUGCACGUUUUUACAUCGCUGAUCCAGCUUUUGAAAGCGUCCCUGUCGCUGGAUUACUUUCCAAGGAUUAUGCAGCUGAAAGGCGAAGACUAAUUAGCCUACAAAGAGCAGCCACAGACUUUGAACAUGGAUUCCCCCCGAACUUCAGCAAUACAGUGUACUUUUGUGUUGUUGAUGGACAGGGCAAUGCUUGCAGUUUCAUUAAUUCUAACUAUCAGGGUUUCGGAACUGGAAUUGUUCCGAAAGGAUGUGGAUUUACAUUGCAAAAUCGUGGAGCGAAUUUCUCAUUGGAUCCCAACCACGUUAAUAGCUUACAACCGGGAAAACGACCCUAUCACACAAUCAUACCGGGAAUGGCAUUGAAAGAUGGGGAAUUAUAUUGCCCUUUCGGAGUGAUGGGUGGUUUUAUGCAGCCACAAGGUCAUCUUCAAGUUAUCUCAAAUAUGGUUGAUUUUGGAAUGAAUCCACAAGAAGCAAUCGACGCACCAAGAGUUCAAAUUGAUGGUGGCACAGCUGUCGGACAAAUUUUGCUUGAAGAUGGAAUUCCAAUAGAAACAGUAAGGAUACUAGAGAAAAUUGGUCAUCAACAACCAAUUCUUGUAACUGGAUGGGAUAGGAGUGACUUUGGAACCGGUCAGAUUAUAGUCAGGAAUCCGGUUACUGGUGUCUUGUGCGCUGGAAGUGACCCAAGAAAUGAUGGUCAUGCCAUUGGAUUUUAAAAGUCACACUUAAGCGGUGAUGGUUUUUGGGGUAAAGCAUUAAUAAAAUUAUUCUGCAGAAUAUUCUUCUAUUUCUUUUCUUUUCAACGUGAAGUAGACUACCUCUAGUUGAUCACUUGACUAGUUAAUUUAACCUUAUGACUACGGACAUUUUCAGCACAAACACUUGCAAU